AGGCCAAGGGAAGUAUUUCUGGAGCUCGCCUCUCUCCUUCCAGUCAUGUGAUUAGAACAGUUAUUUAAAGAGGCAGAAUACAGCUGGAAUAGAGAGCAGUCUGCGUCUCUCCUCCCAGCGCAGUACUGUAGCUAGCACAUUCACAGGGAUCAGCAUGGUUGAAGCUUUUGCAGGCACCUGGAAACUGGUGGAGAGCGUUAAUUUUGAUGAAUAUAUGAAAGCACUUGGUGUGGGUUUUGCUAUGAGGCAAAUGGCAAACCUGACCAAGCCAACCACCAUCAUUGAGCUGGAGGGCGACAAGAUGAUCUUGAAGACCCAGAGCACCUUCAAGACCACAGAGAUCACAUUCAAACUGGGGGAGGAAUUUGAUGAAACAACUGCAGAUGACAGGCAUGUCAAGUCAGUGGUGACACUAGAUGAAGGAAAACUUGUCCAUAUACAGAAGUGGGAUGGAAAAGAAACAAACCUGGUCCGAGAACUGCAGGAUGGGAAGUUAAUUCUGACUUUAACCAUGGGCACCACCGUCUGCACUCGCACAUAUGAAAAGGCAACAUAGAUGCCACCUCCUGCUCUCUGCCAAUCGCCUGAUGCCGAAUUCAUCACCGAAUUGCCUGUUUUCUUCCCCUUGGCAUUUUGUAUAAAAUUUAAUAUGACUUUGGUGCCCACUAGAUCCAGCCCUCCUCUUCUAUCCUGAGCUCUGUGGUAUUGGGAGGUUGGUUGUUUUGUUUUUUGAUUUUUUUUUUUUUUAAUCUUGCAAGAACCCCUGUGAAAGAUAAUAAACAAAAGUUAUUCCAGA